UGAGGGUAGAAGCUACAUAAAGAUACAGAACUUCCUGUGAUUUUUUUUUUUUUUCUCAUUCAUUGAAUAUUUUCAGCAUUUGUAAUAAAACAAGUUAGUUUCUUAAUUAAAAGAUAUCUGAAUAAUUUGAGAGCAGCUGAAACACAGGAGAUGACUGGGUUGCCUAUAAAAACAGAAUUAUUUAUUUAUUUAUUUUGACCCAAUUUAGGACCAAACAUCUAAAAGGAUAUUGCAUGUAUCUGUAACUAACCAGGCAAAGUCUUGAAUCCUUUAUUUUUCUGUCAACACCUCAUUCACCUGCGUAACUGUUAAAUCAGAAAUGCCAAUGAUUUAAACCAGUAGGUCACUUCUUUUAAAAAAUGUAUGCUACUUCCAUGAAAGCAGUGUCACCCAGGGACUAAUUACCUUGACUGUGUCAUUGUUUGCAAGUAAAAGGCUCCCUCCCCUGCGGCACUCACUGUGCAUCACUGCUGUAUCUCAGCAGGUGUGAUCCCACAGACACCUGUCACCACGAGCACUAAUCUCCAACACGAUGGCCUAGCCUGCUAGCAGCAGAGCCGUCCUUUUAAUCAGUUCUGCAUUUUAGCAUCUUUAUGCCAUUUUUACACACAAAGAAAUUUGGGAUGUUCUCACAGGCUAUUAAUAGUGCCCUAUAAUUUUGCGCAAAGUUUAAGCAUGUGUUAAGGAAGUCAUUAAGUAUUUCAAUUCAAAAGUGAUGAGUAUAAAGAAUUUUUUUGUUUGUUUUUUAACUAAGUGAUGUUCUUUAAAAGAAAUGUUCUUUAAAAACAAAUUUUGAGCCAACUUUACAUGAAUUUCAAAGUGCUCACUAGCAAAGCUAAAAAUAAAAAUAAAGCUAUAUGGAACGGGUUUGUAAAUGUCCUAUUUGUUAGCCAUAGGUCCUUUGGUGGUUGGUUUCCAGGGCGGUGUUGUGGCCUGGCAUUGACACACUCAGCCCACUGCGCCUGUGUGUCUCAUGGAGAGGGCAGUGAGUGACACGCAGGUGGUCUAAUGAUGGAGGGGUCAGAUGUCCCUGACAUGAAGCAUGAAACUGGAUGAACCUAAGGGACGCAGAGACGGGGAAAGUUCUCUGGCAGGGAACUGAAGAUCUCUCUGUUCCUGGUGUAGAACAUGAAGCUCGAGUUCCCAAAAAGAUCCUCAAAUGUAAAGCUGUCUCCAGAGAGCUUAAUUUCUCCUCAUCAGAAAAGCUGGAAAAGUUUCGCCUGGAGCAGAAAGUUCUCUUUAAAGGCCAGUGUCUUGAAGAGUGGUUUUUCGAAUUUGGCUUUGUGAUCCCGAAUUCUACAAACACGUGGCAGUCCUUGAUAGAAGCAGCACCUGAGUCACAGAUGAUGCCUGCUAAUGUGUUAACUGGAAAUGUUGUCAUAGAGACAAAAUUUUACGAUGACGAGCUUCACGUCAGUACCUCUCGAGUACGACUUUUCUAUGUCUGAAAUAUGGAGCCUCUCCUUUUUGGGAAUUCUGUCAUUCAAAAGGAUGCACAUAUCGCUCGAGGUGUUUUUUUUUUUUUUUUUUUUUUUUUUGGCCAGAUGAGACUCUGCUUAAUGAGUAUUUCCGUGGCACCAUGACAACGGCACUAAAGGAAACAAGUCGAGCAAACUAAAUUUCAGGUUAAACAGUCACACCAGUUUAAUGACGGAUAAAGACUUGGAAACAAGGCCAGGGAUGCUCAUCUCAACCUGACAUUGUAAAUUGUUUUAUUUGUACUCCCCCCCCGCCCCCCCCUUCUCUUAUCCUUUUAAAAUUUUAAUUUCAUCCUGCACUGUAUACUGCUUCCAUGCAUUCUGUUUUUAAAUAUUUGCUGCCAGUUUGUGUGGUUGCUAAUAUCAUUGUUUUUUUUUUUUAACUUGUAAGAUAGGCAGUGUUUAAAUACAUUAUGUAAUUAUGGGUUUAAAACUUGAUAUCAUUAAGUGAUGCCUUUUUCAUUUGUCUCCGCUGUUGUUGUUUUUAAAUGGGUAUAUUCCUAUACGACUAUCAGUACCAGCUGUAUUAGCUCUUCCAUCUGGGGGGGAAUAAAUCUGUGUAAAACAAACUACUCUGUGUAACCUGGCCUACCAGAUUUAUUAUAAUAAAUCUUUCUAGCCCAGGAUGCUCAGAGCAGCUAUUCAUUACAAAUUGUCUCACUGUUUGUCUAUUUGAUCAUCUUUAUUAAAAGCAAUGAAAUGUUGUAUAUUAA